CAUAUACAUAAAAUACAUACAUACAUACAUCUUAAAAAAAAAGUGCCCAUGUUCAAGAAAGAUCCAAAAUGAGUGCUGGUUAUCGAGAAAGUAGUAGUCAUCCUUCUGCAGGAUUAUAGUAGUUAGCUGAGGUUGAUGACCUGCUGUAAGACUUCAGCAAUCACAAAGAACAAACAGGAACAGAAUGUUCUGACAGUCAUAACAAACUUAGAGGAAGUAAGACAGAUAUGAACUGUCCACCCACAGAGCCAUUGAUGUUUUAAAGGCCCCAGUUCUAGUCUAAUUAAAGGCUGGGGCUAAACCAGUGCAAAUCAGGCAAUAUCCAAUGCCCAGAGAAGCCAGAACAGGGAUCAGCCCACACGUCAACUGGCUCUGGGAAGCAGGGAUUCUGAUUCGUUGCCAGUUAGCAUGGAACACUCCUCUCCUCCCAGUCAAGAAACCUCAUCCCUGAGACUAUCAACCUGUGCAGGAUUUGAGAUAGGCAAACAAGCAAGUAGAAGACAUCCAUCCACAGUUUCAGACCCCUCCUGACUACAACGUACACUGUGCUCAACCAGAAGGAUGCCUUCUCCAUCUUGCCCAUGCCAGCCUCUAUUUGCAAGAUUUGGAGAGAGGCUUUAAUGGACAACUCACUUGGACACAUCUGCCUCAGGGAUUCAAGAACUCGCCCACAAUCUUUGAUGAGGCACUGCAUGAGGACCUGGGAAUUCAUUGCUCUGGGCAUCAAAAGGGACAUCAGCUGAUAAAGCCACAAGGGAAGUUUCCUAAGCGUUCACUGCUUACAUCCUGGUAGCCUUGCCACCCUCUGCACUCCUAGCUGUCCACAAUUAUACUUCUGAGGACAAACAAGAUCAGGCCAAAUGCCAGGAAAUCUCUAGAAGAGGUGAAUAGUUACAUAUUGCCAAGAUCUGUACCAUCUUACCUAAGAAGUUUGCUAAACAACUCAUCCAUCAAAUCCAUCAGGCCUUGCAUCUGGGUCACCAGAAAUUAAAAGAAUUGUUGCAAGUGGUAAAAUAUAGAAUAUUUGACUUGAUACACUUGGUUGCUCCACCUGCCAGGCUGUGAACCCCUCAAGCUUCAAUCAAGGAACCAUGGAAACCAGAAUUAGAGGCUCACAGCCAGAGGCCAUGGGAAAUAGAUUAUAUGGAAAUAAAGCCAGGAACAUAUGGAUAUAAAUACCUGCUAGUUUUUAUAGAUACCCUACAAAGAAGGAAACUGCCAAUGUAGUGGCAAAGAUGAUUCUAGAAGACAUCAUACCCAGGUACAGUCUGCCCACCCUGCUUGGGCCUAACAGUGGACCAGCAUUUAUCUCUCAGGUGAUGAAGUCUAGAUUAAAAGAAAACCACAAGACCCUGGAACCUUGAUGGAAAGGACCUCACACAUGUGAUCCUGACCAUGUCAACAACUGUGAAGGUAUCAGCCUAGCAGUAAAACCGACCAGAAGCCAUGCACAAAAGUACAUCCCCAGAGAAAGACUUGUCCCUUCCCCUCCCUGCCAUCUCACCAUGAACAUGGUUCAAGACAGUGCCUUUCUAGCCAAGCUGAUGAAGAGUGCUGACACCUUUGAGUUGAAGUAUGACUUUUCCUGUGAGCUGUACCGAUUGUCCACAUACUCAGCUUUCCCUGCGGGAGUUCCUGUGUCAGAAAGGAGUCUGGCUCGUGCUGGCUUUUACUACACUGGUGUCAAUGACAAGGUCAAGUGCUUCUGCUGUGGCCUGAUGCUAGACAACUGGAAACCAGGGGACAGUCCCAUUGAGAAGCACAGAAAGUUGUACCCCAGCUGCAACUUUGUACAGACUUUGAAUCCAGCCAACAGUCUGGAAGCUAGUCCUCAGCCUUCUCCUCCUUCCACAGCGAUGAGCACCAUGCCGUUGUGCUUUGCAAGUUCUGAGAACACUGGCUAUUUCAGUGGCUCUUACUCAAGCUUUCCCUCAGACCCUGUGAACUUCCGAGCAAAUCAAGAUCGUCCUGCUUUGAGCACAAGUCCCUACCACUUUGCAAUGAACACAGAGAAGGCCAGAUUACUCACCUAUGAAACAUGGCCAUUGUCUUUUCUGUCACCAGCAAAGCUGGCCAAAGCAGGCUUCUACUACAUAGGACCUGGAGAUAGAGUGGCCUGCUUUGCGUGUGAUGGGAAACUGAGCAACUGGGAACGUAAGGAUGAUGCUAUGUCAGAGCACCAGAGGCAUUUCCCCAGCUGCCCGUUCUUAAAAGACUUGGGUCAGUCUGCUUCGAGAUACACUGCCUCCAACCUGAGCAUGCAGACACACGCAGCCCGUAUUAGAACAUUCUCUAACUGGCCUUCUAGUGCACUAGUUCAUGCCCAGGAACUUGCAAGUGCGGGCUUUUAUUACACAGGACACAGUGAUGAUGUCAAGUGUUUUUGCUGUGAUGGCGGGCUGAGGUGCUGGGAAUCUGGAGAUGACCCCUGGGUGGAACAUGCCAAGUGGUUUCCAAGGUGUGAGUACUUGAUCAGAAUCAAAGGCCAAGAGUUUGUCAGCCAAGUUCAAGCUGGCUAUCCUCAUCUACUUGAGCAGCUAUUAUCUACGUCAGACUCCCCAGAAGAUGAGAAUGCAGAAGCAGCAAUCGUGCAUUUUGGCCCUGGAGAAAGUUCGGAAGAUGUCGUCAUGAUGAGCACACCUGUGGUUAAAGCAGCCUUGGAAAUGGGCUUCAGUAGGAGCCUGGUGAGACAGACGGUUCAGCGUCAGAUCCUGGCCACUGGUGAGAACUACAGGACCGUCAGUGACCUCGUUAUAGGCUUACUGGAUGCAGAAGACGAGAUGAGAGAGGAGCAGAUGGAGCAGGCGGCCGAGGAGGAGGAGUCAGAUGAUCUAGCAUUAAUCCGGAAGAACAAAAUGGUGCUUUUCCAACAUUUGACGUGUGUGACACCAAUGCUGUAUUGCCUCCUAAGUGCAAGGGCCAUCACUGAACAGGAGUGCGAUGCUGUGAAACAGAAACCACAUACCUUACAAGCAAGCACACUGAUUGAUACUGUGUUAGCAAAAGGAAACGCUGCAGCGACCUCAUUCAGAAACUCCCUUCGGGAAAUUGACCCUGCGUUAUACAGAGAUAUAUUUGUGCAACAGGACAUUAGGAGUCUUCCCACAGAUGACAUUGCAGCUCUACCAAUGGAAGAACAGUUGCGGAAACUCCAGGAAGAAAGAAUGUGUAAAGUGUGUAUGGACCGAGAGGUAUCCAUCGUGUUCAUUCCCUGUGGCCAUCUGGUCGUGUGUAAAGACUGUGCUCCCUCUCUGAGGAAGUGUCCCAUCUGUAGAGGGACCAUCAAGGGCACAGUGCGCACAUUUCUCUCCUGAACAAGACUGAUGUCUAUGACUGCAACUUCAGCCAGAAGGAGCAGAAGUUCAGUGUCACUCCCAGCUCCAUAAGGAAGUCGAGGCCAGCCUGGAGAGGGUUUUGUUCUUGUUCCUGAAAUUCUCAGAGAAGAUUUACAAUGUUGGCAUUUAUGGUUCAGAAAUUAGAAUCUUCUCCAGUUGCUUUAAGAACUGGGAGCACAGAUUUCCAUGUGUUUUAUGCAUAGAAAUUCCUGUUAUUUAUUGGAUGACAUUUUAGAGAUAUGAAAUUUUUAUAAAGAAUUUGUGAGAAAAAAUUAAUAAAGCAACAUAAUUACUUUUUUAAAAAAAAUUGAUGCUGGGCAGGUUUAUCACAGCAAGAUUCCUACAAUCUCUAAGAAUUCAUAGAUGAUGGCUAAGGAGACGGUGCAAUUAUGACAGUGGGUGACACAAAAGCAUGAGGCUCUGAGUUUGAAUCUCCCGCAGCCCCACAAAAACACAGGAGUUGAAGUGACAGUCUACAGGAAUCAAUGCUUUGGUCUCAGUUAGGGUUUUAUUACUGUGAAGAGACACUAUGACAGGGUAACUGGUCUCCCCCAUACCCCCCAGACAGGGUUUCUCUGUGUAGCCCUGGCUGUCUUGGAACUCACU